UUAGUGACGAAACACGCAUGUUAGCAUAGCGAGGGAUUCGCGUCACACGCAAGGAAGCGCGACAGGCGUUGGGACACUGGAAAGUGUUAUUUUUUCAAUAAUUCUUGUGAUUGUUUUGCGUUUAAAAUGGGGAAAGCAGAUUUUCUGAGUCCUAAAGCGAUUGGGAACAGAAUCAAAGCCAAAGGCCUUCAGAAACUGCGCUGGUAUUGCCAGAUGUGCCAGAAACAGUGUAGAGAUGAAAACGGGUUUAAAUGUCACUGCAUGUCCGAGUCUCAUCAGAGACAGCUCCUGUUAGCUUCAGAGAACCCUAACCAGUUCAUGAACUACUUCUCAGAGGAGUUCAAAAGUGAUUUCUUAGAGCUGCUCCGAAGACGUUUUGGAACCAAGCGAGUUCACAAUAACAUUGUUUAUAAUGAGUACAUCAGUCAUCGGGAGCAUGUUCACAUGAACUCUACGCAGUGGGAGACUCUCACUGACUUCACCAAAUGGCUUGGGAGAGAAGGUUUUUGCAAAGUGGAUGAGACUCCCAAAGGCUGGUACAUCCAGUACAUUGAUCGUGAUCCGGAGACAAUCCGCAGGCAGGAGGAGCUGGAGAAGAAGAAGAAACAGGAUAUGGACGACGAAGAACGCAGCGCCAAGUUCAUCGAAGAACAAGUUCGCCGUGGUCGGGAGGGCAAGGAGCCGGAGGAGGAACCGGUGUUUACCGAACUGAAGCGAAAGAAUGAAGAGGAGAAAAUAGUUUUUAACUUGGAUGUUGCUUUAGCGGGACCCUCCAAAACAAGCAACACUUUGGGUCCUAGUGCCCUCAAAGCUGCGGCCUCCGCGAAAAGGAAAGAGUCUGCCCACAGUGGAGACUCUAGGGACAAGAAAAAGAAAUCUGCUCUGGAUGAGAUAAUAGAGAUGGAGGAACAGAAGAAGAAAUCUGUAAGAUCAGAUCACUGGAUUCAAGCAAACAUUGUAGUGAAAGUCAUAACGAAGAGACUAGGAGAGAAGUAUUACAAGAAGAAAGCAGUCAUUCGGGAGGUGCAGAAUAAAUACACAGCUAUGGUGAGGAUGAUCGACUCUGGAGACAAACUCAAACUUGACCAGAGUCAUUUGGAAACAGUCAUUCCAGCUCCUGGUACUGCAUUACUGUUGUUAAACAUGCUACUUCUUUCGCUUAAAGUUAUAUUUGCCCAAAAGAUUAUUUACUCACCCUCAUGUUUUUUUCCAAAUCUGUUAUUUUUUCACCCCAUGGACCACAAACAGAUAAUUUUUGAAGAGGCUCUCAAUCUAAUCUCUCUUUCUGUCUCAGGUAAGCGAGUUUUGAUCCUGAAUGGUCAAUAUAAAGACACGGAGGCCAUCCUAGAAGGCAUAGAUGAGCACAAAUUCUCUGCCACACUCAAGUUAGACUCGGGUCGAAUGAAAGGAAAGACAGUGGAGGGAAUUGCAUACGAGGACUUUUCUAAACUGGCCUGAUGUUCAUCUUCUCUCCAGGGCGACUCUACUGUGUCAGAGUGCAUAAUAAAGACUCUUAAAUUACCUCAUUUACAUACUGGAACAAAUCGACCAAUGGUUUUUAUUGUUUUGGGGUUUUUUUCAUUGUUAUCUUUGUUGUAAUUGAAAAUGGUUGCAUAUGAAUAAAAUAUUUAAUUAUUCAAACUUAAGUGAUUCAAUUAAAUGUUUCACUGCAAACAGUCAAGUCAGAAGUGGUAUAAUACAUUAACAUUUUGAUGGUUUUGAAGUUUAAUUGGCUUAAUUAAUAAUUAAGUACAGUUCAAUUGGUUGAUGUACAGCACUGUUUCCCCAUGUUUUGUAUAUAUUUUCUUGUAGUAUUAAAAACCUUUUUUUCAAA